GCUUCAUGGUUUAGAAACCUUCCGAUGAGAUUGGCCGAUACUUGUAAUUGGCUCCAUUUCGGAAUCAUGGGAUGUGGCAUUGCUUGGGCUCAAGCCCUGCUUGUGCAGACUUGCAGCUGCAUCAUCUUCCCCAUUCACGACUAAUGAGCUGUCUGGAAUCGUCAGCCAUCUUCCCCACUGAACUCAAUCGCAAGGCAGGAGAAACUAGGAGCCGGAUGAGAUGGUAGCGUUCGGCAGGCGGCCGAGUUCGAGGCUAGACUGCGUUGCCGUCGCGUUCCUCGCGGCUAUUGCAGGGAUGGUGGUGCUCUCUGAGCUGCUUCGGCAGAUGCCUGAUGAUGGCACAGGCUCUCCUCUUCAACCCUCUUCCCUCGCGAGCCUCCGUUUCCUGCAACUGGUGGAACUAGAUUCAGGCUGCGGCGACUGCAUUUCUAAUCCGUUCCGCUCUUCUGGUCAGUUCGCAGGGUCGGGGGACUGUCGGUGCAAGAAGCAGAAGAAGCAGAAGCUCGAUUGGCGAUGGGAUCCUUCCGCAGCCCCAACGUCUAGACUUCUCGGUGGCUCCGGACGUAUGAUCAAUUCCAAAAUCCACUUCACCCCAUCAGCUCAGCGGAACCAGCCGUUUUUGCGACGCACCCCGGGGAUCGACUACAGUAAGACCGAGAACUCCACCCACUACCUCUGGGAUACUCCCGAUCCAGCGCCCUACCCUCAAGAGGCCCCCGAGCCCUCUCUGAGCCUCCCGCCCAUGUUCUCCGAUGAUUACUCGCAUCUCGACUUUCGGAGCGGCUUCAUCCCGCAGCAACCUGAAUACACCACAGAGCCGCCCCUCUCCUAUUCCGAUUGGGUCCAGCCUCCAAUCGCAUGACACACAACUGCAUUGGAAUCUUCUUCGUUUGGUGCGUUUGUGCUGAUUUUGCUUCGAAGGAACCCUCCAUCUCGGUAUCAGAAUCUCGGGUUUGCAAAGUCUCGACACAUUCUAGGAAUCGACAUCAACACCGACAUCGCAGUAUCGACAUAUUCUAGACACCGACACUGAAGUAUCAAUAUAUUCUGGACACCGACUUCACCUAAGUGUUGACAUGUUCCAGACACCCACACCGAUGUAUUGACAUAUUCUUGACACCGACAUCGAAGUUGUCAAUGCUAUAAGGAAGAUUUUUGCUCUGUUCAAGAUGAAACAGUAUUUGACUUGAGACUGAUGUUGUUGUUAAAAUCAGGAUAUUAUUGUUUUGUUUUUUCAAAGUUUUUAUGAAUAAACAUGAAGUAAGAAUGAACAUUGUUAUAGAGCGUUGAAUACUUUGGUGAAUUGCAACCACAUCAUUAAAUAUGAGAUUGUUUAUUGUAAUGUUUAUCGUAAAAAUAACAAAAUCUUAA